UAGCAAUUCCAAGCCACGCUCAGCAGUGGCACAGGGACUGAUCCAGGAAUCUCAACCACCUCAAGCCCACGGUCUGCCACAAGUCAUUCAUCCCAAGAAGCCUUGUCCUGUAUGCUGCCAGCCCAGUAAGCACUGUAGGCUAAAUUUCCUGGGAUCCAAGUGCCAGUGGGGGAGACCAGGAUUUGGGACCAAAAAUCUGAGUCGAGCUGCUGGAGUGAUGCACCGUGUCCAUAGAGAUAUAGGUUCCCCCAAACCCACUCCAUGCAGCUCAGAAGGAGCAGGAUGAGGCCAGUGGUGUUGUCUGUCUUGGUGUGGAUGCUCUGUUUGACCAGACACAUAGAUGCUCCAGUGAUGCUGGGAGGAAGAACUCUCUUGGGCUCUGCUGUCGCCUUUGUUUCAGGCACAGAGAGAUUCUGGGCUGCCAAGCAAAGCUGCAGAUGCUAAUCCUGCCCUUCCAGCAAAGGGAAAAAUGCACUGUGCACCGCUCCUGCAGGAUUUGGUCCAAGAGCUGCCCUUAGGAUAGCUCAGGGCGAGGGGACAGCGGGGCUUAAGGGUGGUUGCAGCCCAGCUGCCUGCGCAGAAGCACAGGAAGGGACAAAGUGAGAAGCUGGGAAGAGAAAUGUGCAGCUCUGGGCUCAAACCAGGACAAGCCCUGAGCUGGAGCUUGCAGGUACCGCAGCUGCACUGGCCUCUCCUCCUAUAUAUUUUUUUUCCCAUCUCUUGUCCCUUUUCUGUGAUGCUCCAGGAGGAACUGGGGGAAGGACAUAUGUCACCAGAUGGAGGGGCUGGCGGAGAAGCCGCCUGAAUACUGCUGGGUGGGAAUAUCACGCAUAUCCUCACUACGCAAGCCCAAAGCUCCAAAACGUGAUGUCAGGGGUAGAAGCAGGCCCACAAAUAACCCAAUUUGGUCCAGGUUCAGCCAGACCCCCACUCCCCUGCACCCCAGGCUGUCUCCAGCACCCAGCAUCUAUCCUUCUCACCCAAAUGCUCCUCGUUUACCACUCGCACCCAUGGGCACAGGGUACCCACUGUAUUGGGGGGCAUUGUCCCUACUGUCACCAAAUGUGAGGGUCCAGCCACAUUGAUUCAAGACUUUAAGCCCAGCGCAGCAUGAGACACCUCCCCUUGGGGACUCCCUGGUGUGUCAUCCCCUGCUGCUCAAAGCCUUGGAGAUUUCUCCCCAUCACAGGUGGCUGCUUUUGGGGAUGGGGGACGGGUUCAUCCCCACCCCAUUUGGGGGAACAGCAACCAUGACUCCAUCAGGCAGACCCUGGUUUCAAUGGGACAUGGGCAACUUUUAUGGGGUUUUAUAAUCCCAGACCAGUGCAGGAGAGGUAAGUGACUCUGGACUUACUGGGUGGCAAAACCAGGGUGACCCUAAUGUUCAGAGACCCCCAAAACCCUGCAGGAAUGCACAUAGCUCUGAAAGCCUCCAAAAGGACCAAAUCUCCUUGAUUUUUCUUGGCUUUUUUUUUUUUUCCUUACCCUCUUCCCCCCUCCCCUUCCCUCCACCCAGGGAAAGGUCUGGGUUAUUCACGUACCUGCUGUUUCACAAAAUCCUCCCCCCCGCUUCCCCCUCCCAUGCUCGCCUUCCCCUGCCAGAACUCCUCACCAGCUUCUCCUCCUUCUCUUGGGGACAAUCCCAAUGGAGCAGGGGGAUUUGGAAGACUCAUCCCAACAGGAUAAGCCCAAGGAGAGGCGUCAGCAUGGCAUGGUGCUGAGGAGGACCGAGGUGGCCAUUUGCCCGAGUGCCAAGCUAGGAGAAGACCAGGAGGAGGAACCCAGACCACAAAGACAGAGGCAAAACCAUGCCGGGCAGGUGCAGGAUAACCCCAGUGAAAUCCAUCCCCAGAAAACUGGGAUCAAGGCUGGGAUGUGCCCCAAGGAAAAAGUGUACGGGUGCAGCAAGUGUGGGAAAUCCUUCAAUUGGAAGAACAAACUGAGCCGGCAGCUGAGGACGCACACUGGGGAGUGUCCCUACAAGUGCUCCGAGUACUGGAGUAGCUUCAGUGACCAUUCGAACCUCAUCUCCCACCAGAAGCUCCACCGGGGAAAACCCUAUGAGUGCUUGGACUGUGGGAAGCGCUUCAGCCAGAGCACCAGCCUCCUGGCCCACCACCGGAUCCACACAGGGGAAAAACCCUAUGUCUGCUUCAGCUGUGGGAAACGCUUUGCCCGGAGGCAAAACCUCACCAUGCACCAGAGCAUCCACACUGGGGAGAGACCCUACUCCUGCCAGGAUUGCGGGAAAAGUUUCCGGAGGAGCUCCGACCUCAUCCGCCUUCAUACGGGUGAACGGCCCUAAAAAUGCCCGGACUGUGGGAAGGGUUUCACAUGGAGCUCCAAGCUGAUGGACCACCAGUGGACCCACACAGGGGAAGCCCCCUCCAGGUGCUUGGUGUGCAGCAAGCACUACAAGGCCAACAUCUCCUUGAGGUCCCACGUGAAGCUGCACACAUGAGAUGGGCUCGCUGAGGGGCUGGUAGGGCCAUGUCCUAUGGGGAGAUGGAGAGGAGGAAGGAGCUGUGGCCAAGGAGGGUCUGAUGGGUGGAUGGUGGCAAACAUAGAACCUAGAAGUAGAUGGGCUCACUGCUGAGAUCAUUCCUGAGUACUGGUUCUUUCCUUUUUGCACAUUAGCAUUAAAAUGUUUUGGACUUUCCA